ACAUGCGCCAACAUAUUUUUUCAGUUAACUUUGAUUUGGCACUUAUCAAAUAGAUAACACUGCAACUCAAUCUAAUAUCUUUCAUUAUAAUGAUUGUUCCAAUCACCAGAUUACAAGAUAACAAGUUAUUUACAGGUCCCAGCUAAUCCGAAUUCAAAAUGUUUUUGUUCUAGGGACUAUUAUUCGAAGCAGCUAUGUUAUUUGCUGUGAUUGAGUUUGAGAAAAACUCAGGUAGAGGAUUAGCUAUUAUUCGUGAAGAGUGGAUGACUCCGAGAAAAAAAAGAGUGCUUUUGGCCUCCAUAUAAGAAUUCGAUUGCAUUCAAUAAAUGCCUGUUAAAUUCGAAAGAUACACACGAAGAAACUUGGCUCCUCUAUGAGAUUAAGAGAGAUUUUUAUAGAACAGAUGAUAUUCGGAAAGCUAGAGAGAAGUUGAGGAAAGCAGAAUCAGAUUCUGAAGUUCUUACUGAAUUUGAUGAAGGUGGAAAAGAAAAGCGAAAAAGAAGACCGGUAAAGAAAAUACUAUUCAGUAGUGACAGUGAAGAUGAAGCUCCGGUUACAAAACAAAUUAAAUAUCCAGAACCACCUUCAGAACUACUUGUUGAUGUAGAAGCUCAACACAUCCUGACAACGAAUGGGCUCGAUGUUCUUGCAGGCCAUUUGGCAAGAAUAGAAGAUUGGAUGAUAUUGAAAAGAAUCAGAGUGAAAUUUUAGCAAGGUUGUGUCCAACAAAGCCUGCUAUGAACAUUAUUCCUCCUGAUAUAAAACUCCCCUGCGAAACAUUGGACGAGAUUAGUGGCUUGGAAGAUUGGUUGCUGGACGACACUAAUAAACAAUCUUUGAUCACAAAUUUGAGUCUUCUGGGUGGGAAAAAAGUUGGAAGAGUUGUGCGCAAUAUACUUGAAAAGAUUUUCACCAAUGAUGUUGCCGAACUUUUCAAUUGGACAGGCAGACACAGCAAACGCUGUUUGAGAGAUUUGGCUGUGAUGAAACUCAUACCUGGUGCUGUAAGGAAACAAAAAACUUAUCAAGUGCUACGGAUGAUGAAAUAAAUACCAACAUUGCAAAUUGGUUUAGAUUUUCGAAGGAUAGAAAUGGAGGACGAGAGCAAAGACGAAAGGACAAGCCAAGACAAGAUCACCAGGACCAGCAGAGACAGUAAAAAAUACCAUGGUUUAUCAAAAACAACUAAUUACAGAAAGUUAGCAAAAGAAAAACAAAAAAUCAAACAACAGUUACUUGAAUUGUGCACUCCUGUUGCAAAUUGUGUUCAAUCUGAAAAUAGCACUCAUGAAUCCCAUGAUAACUCACUUGAUAUCUCAAAUCAAUUUGAUAAUUUAGCAGGAAGUAAAGAAAGUUUUCCAUACAGUUCCAGUUCUGAUAGUAGUAUAAGUAGUAGUUUCAGUGAUGUUUCAAAUUAUUCUCACAAUAGGGACACUAAUUCAAGUAAUCUGCGUGAACAGCUAUGUGUUUGGUCUCAAAAACAUAAUAUCACUAAUUGUGCACUUACAGAUAUUCUACAUAUUUUCAAACCACACCAUCCAACUCUGCCACUUGAUGCACGCACUUUGUUCCAAGAACUGUUGAUGUUGUUGUAUGUAAUGGAGGAUCUUUUGUUUAUUUCGGAUUAAAGAAAAAUGUUAUUUGUAGGGCUAAUAUCAGGGUUAGUAUUCAAGAACUAUCCUCUAAUUACAGAAAAAUUAGCCAAUAAGAGUAUUCCACUUGAACGAGUUUUGUCUGUAUCUGUUAAUGUAGAUGGCUUGCCAUUGCAUAACAGUACAACUAAAUCAUUUUGGCCAUUCCUGUGUAUCCUUGACCAGUCAGUAGACCAAACACCAAUGGUCAUAGGUUUAUAUUAUGGUGAUUCUAAACCUUCCAGUGCUAAUGAUUUUUUGAAACCC